AUGUUUAAGGAGUGCCGAAUGAUUUUCUCACGACUAACGAAAUGCAAAACAUAUCAAACAAAAAAUCAGAUACAAGGUAGAGCGUUGAAUUAUGGUCGCAUUAGUGGAUCAGCACUUUCAAUAUCCGAAAAUGAUGUGCGGGAAAGUGUGGGAGUGCAGAUAGAAGAAGUUUCCAUAAAAAAAAUUUGUGACGCUUAUAAUGCAAGUGAAAUAGUUCAACUCAUGCAAACAUGUCAUGAAGAUUAA